GACCUUUUGACUUGCUCUUUCGCAGCCUCCAUUUGCUCUCCAUCACCUUAGUUGGCGGCCAAAUCAGACCUCGGACGCUAGGUAAUUUAAGCCUGACUCCUCUCAUAGAGCACAGCUUCAGCUCGCGUCCGCCAGCACAUCACACAGAAAGGUGCCAAAGCUCUUCUCAUCUCAUCCAAGCAAGCAGCCAUUCGUCGAGCGGGAAGACUCGCUCGACUUGUACUGCCCAAGACGUCGAGCAGCGCUAUACAAAAGCGCCGUCUGAGCGAGGCACCGGUGAACAUAGCCAAUCCGAUUGGGCCCGAAGCGAAAAGAGGUAGAAAGAUGCCUAGCGCACAACCCACUUUAGAAGCUGCCGAUGCGGCCAUAGCAGCUGGAAGGGAGUCCGAGGCGGAGGACAUUCUGCGCCAAAUCUUGGCUCAGGGUGUCCAGCAUGACUCGGAUGCCAUGGCUACUAGCGCAGCCACACCAGCUGCUUCGCAAUUGGACCAGGAUACGGCCAGGACUCAGGAGGCGGCGCUCAACAAAUUGGCAAGUCUGUACGCCCAACAGAAACAAUCUCAGAAGCUGGCCAGCUUAGUGAAGGAUAGCAGACUCUUCAUGACCAGGCUUCCAAAGGCUAGGACUGCCAAGCUCAUUCGCUCUUUGAUCGAUAAGUUUGACGCUAUUCCGGAUGCCAAGGAGACACAAGUGGAGGUGACGAAGGAGAACAUCGAGUGGGCGAGGGAAGAGAGACGAGUGUUCCUGCGCCAAAGUCUGGAGACGAGACUCAUAGGACUGUACUUUGACCUGACUCAGUACAGAGAUGCGCUGCCCCUUAUCGAUUCACUGCUGAAGGAGCUCAAGAGGCUGGACGACAAGAUGGUCCUCACAGAGGUACACUUGCUAGAGAGCAGAGUUUUGCACGCGCUGAAAAACUUGCCGAGGUCAAAGGCUGCCCUCACCUCUGCGAGAACAGCUGCGAAUGCUAUCUACUGCCCUCCGCUUCUGCAAGCGCAGCUGGACAUGCAAUCGGGAGUGCUGCACGCGGAGGACAAAGACUACACUACCGCGUACUCAUACUUCUUCGAGACGCUGGAAGGUCUAUCAGCAGCCGAGGAUUCCCGCGCUCCAUUGGCACUCAAGUAUAUGCUGCUCUGCAAGAUCAUGCUCAACUCUUCGGACGAUGUUAGCGCCCUGGUAGAUGGCAAGAUGGCUGCCAAAUAUGCUGGAAGGGAUGUGGGAGCUAUGAAAGCUGUGGCCACCGCCCACGAGAAACGUGAUCUGGGGGCCUUUGAGACAGCGCUGAGGGAGUACAAGGCUGAGUUGUCAAACGAUCCUAUCAUCCGCAAUCAUCUUGCGGCGCUGUACGACACGCUGUUGGAACAGAAUCUGCUGCGCAUCAUCGAGCCCUACUCGCGAGUAGAAAUCAAUCACAUUGCGAAGGCGGUGCAGCAGCCUGUUAGGGAGGUGGAGCAAAAACUCAGCCAAAUGAUCCUGGACAAGGUCUUUAGCGGCAUUCUGGACCAAGGUGCGGGAUGUCUCGUGGUGUUCGAUGAUCCCGCUCCUGAUAAAACGUACGAAGCAACGUUGGAGACGCUCAAACAUGUGAGCAACGUUGUCGAUUCUUUGGCACUCAAGGCAAAGUCGCUUUCGUAGAGCGCGACGCUGUACAUGAAGGGCGGGGUCUGUGGAAGACUAGACGAAGCCGACUGUCGUUCGUCGCUCCCUCUCUCCCUCGCUACAGCCACUCAAUCAACGAAAGUGCAAAGAGAGUGGCAGUGGCACCGUCUCAUUGUGAUGGAUUGAAUCGCUGCUUCAUCGGAUUCUGGCGGUCGACCAGAAUGCUCGAUGCACGAUGAGUCACGUGUCUUGCAAAAGCCAACUCGAUCGUGAAUCGGGGAGACGAAACGUCGACAUGAG